CCUGCGCUCCAGGGAAGGAAAGGGCUGAGGGCUGGCUGAGCCCUGACCCCUCUAAAGAAGGGUUGGGCUUGGGGGGGCCCCAGUGUUGGGGGGCUGAGAGUGACAAGGAGGGAAAAGAGACAGAGAGAUGCACAUAAAGUGAGAGACGAGACAGGGAGAGACGGAGACAGAAGGCAGGGAGACAGAGAAAUCCCUUGCUGCACUCUGCAGAGACGAUCGAUAGAGACGGAGAAAGGCAGAGAGGCACGCAGAGACGCCCAGUAAUACUGCUCAGGAGAAGAGGGCACGUUUAUUGAGCAUUUACUGUGUGCUUAGCACGGCGCUCACAGCAAGUUCUCAACCACCCAUUUGAGAUCGCUUGUAUCUGACAGUUCCAAGGAGGCACCCACCCACUCAUCUACACCCACAGAGAGAGAGAGAGAGAGAGAGAACCAGGGAUGCAAAGAGAGACAGAGGGGGAGAGAGGAGACGGGGGGCCUGGAGAGAGAGAGGGACAGAGAAGCUGAGGGCAGCAGUCCCGGCGAUGGAGAGACCCAAGGAGGAGAAAGUUAGUGAGCGCAAGUUGGAACUAAGUAAGAGUGACACGGUCCGGAAGGGGAGGGCCGGGAAGGAGCUACCGGCUCCUCAUCCCCACCCCCGAGCCGGGCAGAAAGGGUGUCGGGCGACUGGGCGGUCCCGCUGGGGAUGUCCCCGCCCCGGAAAGCCCAGGGGCAAGUCAGCCACUGCUAUAAAUAGCCGCGCGCAAGUCCCCGACCUCAGCCGCCAGCCGCUGGCCAUGCGCCCCCUCGUCGAAGCCACCCCGGAUCCCGAGGCCCAGCUGCCCGCGUCCCGCGUCAGCGCCUGUCGCCGGCUCGACUGGGUGCUGGGUGCCUCGCUGCUGCUGCUGGCCGCCGCCUGUGUCACCUGCGCAGCGCGCUUCUGGCUAGUGCCCGCCGCGCCCGGCCCCGUGCCCAGCCCGAGCCCCCACGCCGGCCCCGAGCCCCAGCCGGGCGCCCGCUUCCGCUGCCCCGACUGCCCGCAGGAUGGCUUCGCCCAGCUGGUGGCCAGCAGUGCACAGCUGACCAAUGGGACCCUGAGCUGGCACAGCGACUCGGGCCUGGCAGGCGUGUUCCUGGCACCGGGCCUGAGCUAUGAUGCGCUCAGCCGGGAGCUGGUGGUGGCCGAGGGCGGCAUCUACUACGUCUUCCUGCGCCUGGAGCUGCAGCGCGUGGUGGCUGGUGAGGGCUCGGGCUGGGUCUCCAUGGCCCUGCACCUGCAGCCUGACCGGGCUGCCCUGACCCUCACCGUGGCCCUGCCGACAGCAUCCUUAGACUCUGCGGGAGGCUCCCGGGGCCACCUGCUGCGCCUGAGCGUCGGGCAGCGCCUGGCUGUCCACCUGCGCGCCUCGGCCGCAGCGCACCCUGCCUGGCAGCUGACCCAGGGCGCCACAGUCCUGGGCCUCUUCCGCGUGGCCCCAGAAGCCCCUGUCCGACUGGGACUGCCCUCUCCGCAGCCUGCAUGACGCCUGGGUGCCGCCCACGUGGCUCGAGACUGAAUCCUGCCUUCCUUGGGUCAGGCCCCUGCUUUGGGCCGGCUGCUCUACCUCACGGGGCUGGGCAGGGAUCCCUGCUGCUGAGUUCUCCAAGAAGAUGCCCUGGGAAUUACGACUCUGGUCUCUGUCCACUCCUGCCCCCAAGUCGAACUCUAUUUAUUCUGGGCCUAGUCUCAGACGGUGCACUUUAUAUUAAUCCAUUCGACUUCUAUUUAUUGAGCAUAUGCUAUGUGCCUGGUACUGUGAACCUGCUGGAACAACCAAAAAAACUUAUUUAUGUUAUUAUGAGAGAAAUAAAGAUACAGCCCAGGCCCCUCGUGUAAUUCAUGGGGCUAGCUUUUGGGGUAACUUGUUAGCUUUUGUUGUGCUGGCCUCCUUCAUUCAUCCAACUAGUAAUUAUUGGGCCUCUCUGACUGGGCCAUUUAAGACCAUGUGAGACUGCAUGGUACAGAUAAUACAAUAUUCAUAAAUUUAAUGACUACUGUGUCUUGAGCAUUUACCACGCGUCAGACAGUUUUCCAUGUGCUUUACCUGGGUUAUCUUAUUCGAGACAUAACUAUCUGAAGCUCUAGGAUUUUAUUGUUCCCGUUUUACUACUACCUAUGCUCUUGAGGUUGUUGUUGUUACUUGCCAUUGAAUCCGCUCCAGUUCAUGGCGACCCUAUAGACAACAGAACAAAAGAUGGCCCUGUCCUACACCAUCCCCAUGAUCAUGGGUUUGUUUGAGUCCCUUGUGUAUUUUGAGCGCCUGCCAAUUGGGGGGCUCAAUUUCCAGCACUAUCCUCAGAGAAUACUCUGUUGUGAUCCAUAAGAUUUUCAUUGGUGAAUUUUCAGAAGUAGAUCGCCAGUCUUUUCUUCCUAGUCUGUCAUAGUCUGGAAGCUCUUAUGAAACUUAUCCACCAUGAGUGGCCCUGGAAAUACUGCUGGCAUAGUUUCCAGCAUCAUCACAAAACGGGAGCCACCGCAGUACACCAAAUGACAGAUGUAAGGGGGAGGUGGUGAGGUUAUUUCCAUACAUUGUAUCUCUGUGGUGGAAAUACUGUAUAAUGGCAUCCUGUGGUAAAUCUCAACUCCCUUGCUUGCUGACUUCAGGCUGGUAGCUGGAAAUUGGCCAUUGUGGGAGUAUUGACACCACAGGAAUCAGCAGACGCUACAAACCAGAGCUUGGUUUACUAUUUGUGGAUUUUCUAGAUGGAAGGAAGUGAUGGAGAAAAUGAUAAUCUUAACAGUGUAGGUUAAACUUGAAAAUGUGUCUUGUCUGUAGCUGUUGCGUUGUGAAUAGCACAAACAAUUGAGGAAGUUGUCUGUCCUUUUAAAACCGUCGUCUGAUUCAGCAAAGAACUUGCUUACGUCAUUUACAAGCAAGUGAAAUGCAGCCAUACAUCCUUUUUUAUUUCAUCUGAUCUAAGUCUUCACCAUAAAGGCAAACAUCAACCUAAUUCAUUGUUCAAACUUCACUCGUUUGUCAAUUGCAACCAUGGGUUGGCUGUGGGCCCAAGAGUUUGGGAAAAAUCCAGGAGAGUGUUCUAUGAAAAUCAGUUCGUUGUUGCUGUUAGUUGCUGCUGCAUUGAGUCUGAUAGCUCCAUAGGGUUUUCUUGGCUGUAAUAGCCUGGUGAUCUGCUUCUGAAAGGGUCACAGUCUUAAAAAUCCCAUGGAACAGUUCUACUCUGCGCACAUGGGGCCGUCAUGAGUUGGCAUCGACUUGACAGCAACUAACAACAAUUUUAAUGGAAGUAGACUGCCAGGCCUCUUCUUCCAUGGUACUGCUUGGUGGGUCCAAACUACCAACCCUGAGGUUAACGGUUGAGGUAAACCGUUCAUGCCACUGUUUGAGACCUUAAUAAUCAAUUGACCAUUUGGAAUUUGCCACGAAGAGUUUCUUAGCUAGUGCUGCUGUAACAGAAAUACCACAAGCAGGUGGCUUUAAAGAACAGAAAUUUAUUUUCUCACAGUGGGAAGACUGAAGUCAGGGCCCUAGCUCUAGGAGAAGGCUCUCUCUCUGUCAGCUUAGGGGAAGAUCCUUGACUCUUCAGUUUCUGUUCUUCAAUUCCUUGGAGAUCUUCACGGGGCUUCUGUCUUCCCACGUUUGUGCUUGUUGUCUGUGCCUAGGCUGCUCUUCACAUCACUCAAAAGUGAUUAGGUUUAGGACCCACCGUAUACUAUCAGUGUCCAUUAACAUAACAAAGAAACCCUAUUCCCAAAUGAGAUUACUGUAUUUUUACGAAAAAUACGCACGGUCUCCAUUUGUUUGCCGGCUACAUUUGUUUGCCAACCACUCCCUCCUCAUGAGGUAUUUUCAUAAGCAUGCUAUGCUAAUUUUUUUUACAGCAACAUGUAAAAGAAAUUGGCAUAGCAGUGCUUAUGAAAAUACCUUGGCGGGGGAGGGAGUGGUUGGCAAACAGAUGUAGAAGGUGCUCAUUAUUUGUGUAAAAUAUAGUGUAUCCACAGGUGCCAACAGCAACAAAAAACCAAACCCAUUGCUGUUGAGUCCAUUCAGACUCAUAGCAACCCUACAGGACUGAGUAGAACUGCCCCAUAGGGUUUCCAAGGAGCAGCUGGUGGGUUCGAACUGCCAACCUUUUGGUGAGCAGCUGAGCCCUUAACCAUUGUGCUGCAAGGUCUCCUCCAUAGGUACAGGCAGUUAGGAUUCCGACACAUCUUUUUGGGGGACGCAAUUCUAAUCCAUAACAAAGAUUAUUUCAUAUUUUAUUAUUAUUUGUAAAUUGUGUGCUACCUAUCAUUUAUACCAGUACAUACACACACAUAGGUUGUCGUUGUUAGUUGCCAUCCAGUCAGUUCUGACUCAUAGUGACCCCGUGUGUGCAGAAUGGAAGUGUGCUCCACAGGGAUUUCAAGGCUGUGAUCUUUCAGAAGCAGAUUGCCAGGCCUUUCUUCCAAGGCACCUCUGGGUGGGUUUGAACUACCAACUUUUCCGCUAGUAGUUGAGCACUUAACCAUUUGCAUCACCCCGGGACUCCCACACGUGCACAUACACAUUGAUUUUGUUUUCUCUGGAGAGCUCGCUGUUAAACAUUCACCAGGACACCGCCGCCCCCUCUCCAGAUCUGACAAGCUCCCCCACCGUGAACACCACUGCCCCCUCUCCAGAUCUGACCAGCUCCCCCACCGUGAAGACUGUAUGCCCACUGGCCGGAAUAAACUGGCUGGACCUUUGCUCUUUACAGACGCAGGAUGAAAGGGACGGACUGGGGUGGACAGAGAAGCUUCCAUGGAGGAGGUCCUUGGUGGGAUCUAGGUGGAGGGAUGGGAGGGGGUGAGGCCAAGGUGGGAGAAUUUGGGCUGCACUGGCCUGGCCUGACAGAGAGGACGGUGCAGAGUAGGCAAUGGAGGCCCAGCUGUGGGGGUGAAUGUUAUUUGCCUGACAUCUCCACCCCUUUACCAAGAGCCUGUCCCUCCCAUGGCCUCGGAGAACAUCUAGCUCAACUGGCGUAACAGUUUAUAAAGAAAAUGUUCUACAUUCUGCUUUGGUGAGUAGUGUCUGGGGUCUUAAAAGCUUGUGAGUGGCCAUCUAAGAUACAACACUGGUCUCACCCUGCCUAGAGCAAAGGAGAAGGAAGAAAACCAAAGACACAAGGGAAAGAUGAGUCCAAAGGGCUAAUGGACCACAUCUACCACAGCCUCCACCAGACUGAGUCCAGCACAACUAGAUGGUGCCUGGCUACCACUGACUGCUCUGCCAGGGAUCACAAUAGAGGGUCCCGGACAGAGCUGGAGAAAAAUGUAGAACAAAAUUCUAACUCACACAAAGAAAAGACCAGACUUAGUGGCCUGACAGAGACUGGAGAAACCCUUGAGAGUAUGGCCCCCAGACACUGUUAUAGAACUCCUGAGGUUCACCCUUCAGCCAAAGAUUAGAUAGGCCCAUAAAACAAGAGGAGACUAAAUGGGCACACCAGCCCGGGGCCAGGGAUGGGAGGGCAGGAGUGGACAGGAAAUCUGGUAAUGGGGAACCCAAGGUCCAGAAGAGGAGAGUGUGGACAUGUUGGGUUGGCAACCAAUGUCACGAAACAAUAUAUGUACUAACUGUUUAAUGAGAAACUAGUUUGCUCUGUAAACCUUCAUCUAAAGUACAAUAAAAACGAAAACAAAAGCUUGUCCCCCAAGCCCUUCCUGAGUGGCCAGAGCUGACAAUGACCUGACACAAAUGAGUAUGGCCAUACUGGUCAUUAGAUUAUUGAUAUAACUCCGUAAAAACCAAACAAGUUGCCGUGAGUUAACGCCAACUCAUGGUGACCCCAUGUGUGUCCAAUUAGGACUCUGGUUCACAGGUUUUUUUUUCUUUUCUGUUUUUUUUUUUUUUUUAAUAAUACUGCGUUUUUGGUGGAGGUUUACGUAGAAGUUUAGGUUCCCAUUCAACAAUUUCUACACAAAUUGUUCAGUGACAUUGGUUACAUUCUUUAUAAUGGGUGAACAUUCACCUUAUUUCCAUUCUGCUUGUUUUAUUUCCAUUAAUCUGAUUACUCUGUCCCGUUACGUUCUCAUCUUUGUUUUAAAGUAAUUAUCGACCUUUUGGCUCCAUAAUCUCCAAAGAAAUCAAACCAAAAACUGACCAAACUCCUCGGGAAUAGACAACUACACUACCAUUGUAGUUAGUGCCGGCGGAGCCGGCUCCAACUCAUGGCUGUACGACAGAACAGAAACACUGCCUGGUCCUGGGCUAUCUCUGUGAUCAUUGCCAUGUUUGCGUCCAUUGUCUUGGCCACUGUGUAGCUUGAGUGUCUUCUAACCUAGGAGGCUCAUUUUCCAGCACAUAUGGGACAAUAGUCUGUUGUCAUCCAGGUGGUUUUCAUUGGCUAAUUUUCAGAAGUAGAUCACUGGGCCUUUCCUCCUCAUCUGUCUGAGUUUGGAAGCUCCGCUGAAACCUGUCCACCACGUGUGAACCUGCUGGUAUUUGAAACAGCGGUGGCAGAGUUUCCAGUAUCCCAGCACCACGCAGCCACCACAGUACAACAAGCUGAUGGAUGGCUGGUGGGCACUAUCAUAGCAAUAGAUUUUUAAAGCACCUCUGUUAGCAACUGAUAGCUUAAGGAGACAAUAAGUUAGGGAGGAUUUAAACAGUUUAGAUUCAAACUUGACCUCAUGGCCACAUAUACGGACCAUAGACAAAGCCACUGCAUAUUUACAGUUUGACUUCGUACUGGAUAAUAAUCACAUCUCAGCAAGAGGGUUGGUAUCUUACAGACUUUCUAAGUUACUCAUGGAAGAUCAAAGGAGGGAAUACUAAUGCAAUUGAGGAAAUAUUUAGAACCUGAAUUGAAAUGAAACAGGGACUUUCUGACUCUCUUCAAAUAGGGAAAGGAAACUCAGUGUUUAUCACCUACCUCGUUGAUUCUGAAGUGGGGUGAUUUUGUUCCCUCUGGGGACAUUUAGCAACACCUUGAGACAUUUUUAGAGUGUCUGGGAGGUGCAAACAGCUAAGCACUCAGCUGCUAACUGAAAGGUUGGUGGUUGGAGUCCACCCAGAGGCUCCUUAGAAGAAAGGCCUGGCGAUCUCCUUUCUAAUAGGCAGCUGUUGAAAACCCUACGGAGCACAGCCCUACUCUGACAAAUACCUGGGGUCACCAUGAGUCAAAAUCGACUUGACGGCAACUGGUUUGGUUUUUGGUCUGGGGACAGUUUUGGUUGUCACAGCCGGGCAGGUGGGUGCUACUGGCAUCUAGUGGGUGGAGGGCAGGGUUGCUGCUCAACACCCUACAAUGCACAGGACAUCCCCCACAAUGCAGAAUGGUCUGUAGUGCCCAAAACAUCAACAGUGCUGAGGCUGAGAAACUAGAACUUGCAGGUAUUUAUCUUUUUGGAAACCAAUGUCAGUUUUAAUGUUGUUUCGAGGGCAAAAAGUUAAGAUAACCAGACAGAAUCAUAGACUUCUAAGGGAGUGGAUGUUACUUGAACAGGACACACCAUUUGCAUCUAAAGUUCAGGUGUAGGGAACUUUGUUUGUUAAAAAGAAUCUUUGCAAAUCUUAGUUUCAUUUCAACUUCUCAUGGGAUCCAGACUGUUUGGAGCCAUGGAGGCUGGAUGAACCCCCAAAUCUAUUGCCCUAAGGUAAACUUUAAACCUUAAAAAUAUCCCCUGAAGUCUUCUUAAACCAAACAAUAAUUUAGCUUAAUUAGUAAAGAAUGUCUGCGUGACAAACACUACUUCAACCAGGUGACCAGAGUCAACAUCAGCAGUUGUAUGCCCUGUCGAAUGCAGUACCCUUGAUGUGAUGUCGUGAAAAUGACACUUUUAAUCAAAGAUCUUCCUCCCUGCUGUGUGAUGGAUUGCUUUUAUAUGGCCUUUCUUGCCAUGGUCUCAUAACUCCCACCAAGUGACCGGGUGGGACUAUGCAAAUAAGGUGUUUGUGGCCCACCAAGCUUGCUAAUAAUGCGAAUAAGGUGCAUGGCACCCUGUGGGGGUUGUUGUCCUUGUUGUGUGCCAUCAAUUCUGACUCAUAGCAACUCUAUGGGACAGAGUAGAACUGCCCCAUUGGGUUUCCAAGGCGCACCUGGUGGAUUUGAACUGCUGACCUUUUGGUUAACAGCUGAGCUCUUAACCACUGUGCCACCAGGGCUUCACUUGUGGGAGUGGGGCCAUGGAAAUAAGGUGUAAGGAACUCUAACAAGGAGAUUGGUUGGUUUUGCCAUUCCACUAGGCUUAAAAUGAGCCAUCCCAGAGGCAGAAAGGGGGACCUCACCUCCACCAAGAAAGAAGAGUCAGGAGUGGAUCGUGUCCUUUGGACCAGAGGUCCCUGUGCUGAGAAUCUCCUAGACCCAGAAGACAGAGAACUGUAACAUGGGAGGAGGUGCGAGAUGGUGGGAAGUGGUGGCAGAGAAUCAGCAUGGGGAGAACCAGCAGGAAACUGCGCAGCGGGCUUCCUGGUCCAGGGAAAGAGAGAACUGGAUGUCUUUGGGCAGGAGGCUUCCUGGAGGAGUAGGAUGCCCCCAGGCACUUAUUGGUGGCGCUAAAGAGCUUUAUAAUACUUGCCAGAGCAGAGGCCGGGUCUGCCCAAAAGGCCUGAGUUCCGUGAAAAACUAUGUUGAGAUUUUUAUUAGAGCGGCACUGAAUCAAAUUAGAGAGUACUGACAUCUUUAUGGAGCCCUGGUGGCACAGUGGUUAAGAGCUCAGUCUGAUAACCAAAAGGUCAGCAGUUUGAGUUCACCAGCUGCUCCUUGAAAACCACAUGGGGCAAGUUUUACUGUGUCCUAAAGGGUCGCUAUGAGUUGGAAUCAACUCGACGGCAGUGGGUUUGGUUUUUUUGGUUUUAAAGGGUUGCUAUGAGAGGGAAUCGACCCAAAGGCAACUGGUUAUUUGCUAUCUUUAUGACAUCCCAAUCAAUGAAAUUUAUGUAAGUUUUCUUUAAUGUUUCUCAAAAAAGUUUUCAUAAUUACUUCCGUAAAUAAUUUGCACCAUUUUAAUUUAUUUCUAAGUGUGCUACACUUGUUUAUGCUAUUGCCAAUGGUAUCUCGUCUUGAAAUUAUAUUUUCUUACAGUCUGUUGAUACAAUGCAAUUGAUGUUUACAGUCAGCACAAGACCCUUGAAAAAAAAAAAAAAACCUUAAAAUGAGAUAUUGUCUUUUUCCUGAUCUUUAAGUGAAUGCUUUCACUGUUUCACCAGUAAGUAUGAUGUUUGCUACAAGGUUUUUUAGAUAACCUUUAUCAGGUUAAGGAAUUUUUUAAAUCGUGAAUAAAUGUUGAAUUUUAUUAAAUGUUUUCUCUGUGUAUCUUCAGCAGUGGGAAGGUUUUUAAAGUAAUUAUUCCUCUUAUUUCACAGGUUUAAGAUUAUUUUGACUUUAUAUUACUUCUUGAUUCAGUUUUAGUAAGUGAAUUUUUCUAGAAAUUUGGCUACCUUAUACACAUUUUCACAAUUACUGGCGAACAGAUGCCGUAUCGGUUAAUGAAAUAUUAGUCAUGUCUUUUUAUUGUUUUAACAAUCUCUGUUGUUGGAAGGUGUCAUCGAGUCAGUUCUGACUCAUAGUACAACAGAAUGAAACAUUGCCUGGUCCUGAGCCAUGCCCGCAAUCGCUGUUAUGCCUGAGCUCACUGUGGUGUGAGGGACUAACUGUUCAGUGGUCGAAUUCUCACCUCCCAUGCAGGAGACCCAGGUUCGAUUCCCAGCCAGUGCCCCUCAGGCACAGCCACCACCCCUCAGGCACAGCCACCACCCACCUGGGAGUGGAGGUCUGCAUGUUGCUAGAAUGCUGAACAGGUUUCCAGACUUAGACAGGCUACAAAGAAAGUCCUGAAGAUCUGCCUUUGAAAAAUCAGCCAUGAAAACCCCGUGGAUCACAGUGGUCCUGUCCGCAACCAAUCACGGUGAUGACACAGGACCAGGUAGCAUUUCGUUCCUUUGUGCCUGGGGUUGCCAUGAGUUGGGGCUGGCUCCAUGGCAAUCAGUAACAACAAAUUUGUGGUAAUCUGUAUGCUGCAGUAACAAAACAAAACAGAAAAACCAGGUGCCAUUGAGUUGAUUCCAACUCAUAGUGACCCUAUAGGACAGAGUAGGACUGACCCAUAAUUCCUAUGCAGCAAUAGAAAACUAAUUCACUGGAUUUUUAAAUUAUUUUCUUUAUUUUGUUGUUGAGAAUAUACACAGCAAAACAUACCCCAAUUCAACAGUUUCUACAUGAGCCACUCAGUGACACCGAUUACAUUCUUGGAGUUGCGCAACCAUUCUCAUCUUCCUUUUUUGACGUCUUUCCACCUUUCCCUUUCACAUAAACUCACUGUCCCCUGAGGCUCCUAUCUAAUCUUUUGAGUUGCUGUUGUCAAGUUGAUCCUGUAUAGAUAGCUCUUAAAAGAGCAUAAUGCUCAAGGCAGACAUUCUUUAUUAGCUAAGCUAAACCAUUGUUUGGUUUUAAGAAGACUACUGGCAAUACUUUUGGUUUAAAGUUUAAAGAUUAUCUCAGGGAAAUAUUUUUAGGGGUUCAUCCAGCCUCCAAGGCUUAAAAAAGUCUGGAUUCCAUGAGAAUUUGAAGUUCUGUUGUGCAUUUUCCCUCUUCUUAUCAGGAUUCUUCUACAGAAUCUUUGAUCAUAACAUUCAGUAAUGGUAGUUGGGCACCCGGUUAUUCUGGUCUCAUGCAAAGGAGACAAUUAGCCACACAUUCCAUUCCCUCUAUUCUUAACUGUCCUUCUUCCUCUUUUGCUCCAGGCCAAUAGAGAACAAUUGUUGUGCCUUGGAUGGCCACUUGCAAUCUUUUAAGACCCCAGGCACUACACAAUGAACUAGGAGGUAGAACAGAGGCACUGAACAUGUUUAGGCCAGAAGCACUGAACACGUUUAGGCCAAUUAUCUGGUAUGUCCCAUGAAACCAUGGCCCUAAACAUCAAAACUCCAGAUUAUUUUGACAUGUCCAAACCGUUGACUGGGAUCGCUAGAUAGGUCUGCAAAGAUACUUCAGAACCAUGGGCAAGCUGGAUGUGUGCUGGGGAAGAGCUGACUGGCUGGGUUAGUCACCUUCCAAUAUGGCUCAACCCUACUGGGCAGACUUUGGCUUGGGCACUGAUCCCUGGUCCAAUAUGGUAAGGUCAGGGUCCACAGAUUUGACUUCUGUUUGCCAACUAUAGGAGUGCUGGUCAAGAGCUCAGCUGCUAACUGAGAGAUCAACAGUUUGAAUCUAUCCUUCUCUCCUUGGAAACCCUAUAGGGCAGUGCUGCUCUGUCCUAUAGGGUAGCUAUGAGUCAGAAUCGACUGGAAGGCAACGGGUUUGUUUUUUUUUUGUUGUUGUUGACAACCAUACAGACAAGUCUUAGGACUCCUACAAGGUCCUGGGUUAGCCAGUCCCUGCCUAUUUCUGCAGAAGAAUUCACCCUCCUCAUCUGGAGUCCCCGGGUAGUGCAAACGGUAACAUGCUCCACUGAUAACUGAAAGGCUGGAAGUUUGAGUUCACCCAGAGGUGUCUCAGAAGAAAAGCCUGAUGAUCUACUUCAGAAAAAUCAGCCAUUGAAAACCCUAUGGAGCACAGUUCUACUCUGAUACAUAUGGGAUCACCAGGAAUCAGAGUUGAUUAGAUGGCAACUUUUUUUUUUUUUUGUUUGCUUCCCCCUCAUCCACUUUGACCUCCUUUUGGCUUCUAUUUCCUGCUUCUCAGCUAUUGCCUGUUGGUAUUUCUGAAGUUGCAAACCCUUUUCAUUGCUCCUCUUGAGCUUCUCUCCCUUCCACCUAGUCACCUCCUACUCAUUCUUCAGGGUUCAUCUUAAACAUCUCUGCUUCCAGGGACCACCUUCUUUAACCUCUACUCCCAAAUUAAGCAAGAUUUCCCUGUUAUAUAAUUUUAUAGCUCCCUGUACUGACUGCUUUGUACAUCUUAUUACAACUUUUUUUGGUAAUGAUUUGUUUGCUGCCUUCCCAGAGAUUGGUUAGCCAUUCACCAAAAAACUGCUUCCUGUUCUUCUCAGGCAAACACAGCCAGACUGUAUCUCCCAGGCUCCUUUGCUGUGUUAUAUGGCUGAGUUUUAGUCAAUGGACUGUGAGCAGAAUUGAAGUGUUCCUCUUCCAGGCCUGGCCUCUAAAAACCUUCUGCAAAUGAUCUUUCAUCAGCUUGCUUCUUCCAUGGCUUGAUGUGGACUAGCACAGUGAUGGAUGAUAGAGCCAUAACCUGGGGGAAGCCUGGUUCCCUGAGUCACUGCUUGGAGGAGAGCUUCUGGUCAACCAGGGAUACCUAACUGAUUCAAACUUUAAGCGAGCAAGAAAUAAAUUUCCCUUAUGUUAAGUCAUUGAGAUUUUGGGGUUUAUCUGUUACAAUAGGGAGCCCUGGUGGCACAAACAGUUAAGCACUCUGCUAGCAGUUGGAACCCACCCAGAGGCUCCAGGGGAGAAAGACCUGGUGAUCUGCUCCCGUGAAGAUUACAGCCAAGAAAACCCUAUGAGGCAGUUCUAUUUUGUCACAUUGGGUCGCUAUGAGUUGGAAUGCAGUUCGAUGGCACCCAACAACAACAGCAAAUCUGUUACAACAGCUGUCUUUCAGGCUGGUGUUUAGGCUCAUUAAGUGUCUGGACAUUCUCCGUUUGCCCCUCCAGAUUCACUGUCCAGCUGGGUGGGGAAGUGCUGAUUGGCUGGACUAGUCAUCUUCCAAUAUGGAGUCAGGAAAGGUGUGUGUCAGGGUUGUAUCCUCUCACCAUGCUGAUUCAAUCCAUGUGCUGAGCAAAUAAUCUGAGAAACUGGACUAUAUGAAGAAGAACAGGGCAUCAAGAUUGGAGAAGACUCAUUAACGACCUGAGAUAUGUGGAUGACACAUCUCGUUUGCAGGAAGUGAAGAGGACUUGAAGCACUUACUGAUGAAGAUCAAAGACCACAGCCUUCAGUAUGGAUUACACCUCUACAUAAAGAAAACAAAAAUCCUCACAACUGGACCAAUGAGCAACGUCAUAACAAAUGGAGAAAAGAUUGAUGUUGUCAAGGUUUUCAUUUUACUUGGAUCCACAAUCAACACCCAUGGAAGCAGAAAUCAAACAACACAUUGCAUUGGGCAAAUCUGCUGGAAAAGACCUCUUGAAAGUAUUCAAAAGCAAAGAUGACACUUUGAGGACUAAGGUGCACCUGACCCAAGCCGUGGUGUUUUCAAUCGCCUCAUGUGCAUGUGAAAGCUGAACAACGAAUAAGGAAGACCGAAGAAGAAUCGGUGCCUUUGAAUUACAGUGUUAAUGAAGAAUAUUGAAUAUACGAUGGACUGCCAGAAGACUGAACAAAUUUUCUUGGAAGAAGUACAGCCAGAAUGCUCCUUAGAAGUGAGGAUGGUAAGACUUCGUCUCAGGUACUUUGAAAAUGUUGUCAGGAAGGAUCAGUCCCUGAAGAAAGACAUCAUGGUUGGUAAAGUAGAGGGUCAACGAAAAAGAGGAAGAGCCUCAAUGAGGUGGAUUGACACAGUGGCUGCAACAAUGGGCUCAAGCAUUAUAAUGAUUAUGAGGAUGGCGCAGGUCUGGGCAGUGCUUCAUUCUGUUGUACAUAGGACACUAUAGUCGGAUUGACUGGACAGCACCUAACAACAACAAAAAUAUGGAGCAACCUUACUGGGCAGUCUUUAACUGGGGUGCUGACCCCUGGUCCAGUCAGAGUCAAUGAACAAUGAGCAGGAUCUAAGUGCCCCACUUCCAUGCCUGGUCUCUAAACACCGUCUGCAAAUGAUCUUUCAUUUUAUUUUUCUUCUUUCGUAGCUUGAAGGAUUGUGCUCAGUGGUGGAUGGUAGAAUCACAACAGGGAGGAAGCCUGGGUUCUGAAUCACUGGAAGGUCAAGUUCACCCAGAGGUGCCUUGCAAGAAAGGAUGGCAAUCUACUUCUGAAAACUCAGCCAUUAAAAACCCUACAGAGCACAGUUCUACUCUGACUCACAUGGAGUUGCCAUGUUUUCUGUUUGGAAGGGAGCGUCUGAUCAACCAGGAUAACUCUUUUUUUUUUUUUUUCGUAUCUUUUUAUAAUUUUUUUAUUUUACUGCUCUAAAAACAUCCAUAACAAAAACAUUCACCAACUCAACUUUCUACAUGUACAAUUCAGUGACGUUGAUUACAUUCUUCAAGUUGUUCAACGAUUCUUGCUAGCCUCGUCCAAAUCAUUCUCACCUAACUGUUUUAAAUUUCAUGCGAGCAAGAAAGAAUCUUCCACUGUGUUAAGUCACCGAGAUCUUGUGGGUUUAUCUAUUACAAUAGCUCUCUGUCUUUCAGGCCGGUGUACAACGAACAACCUAGGAGGUUGAGAAGGGUGGCCAGUGCACCUGGAGGGGCAAAAAGAAAGUACUCGAACACCCAGUGAGCCUAAAUACCAGGAGAGUGUGAUGGUUAACGAUAUGUGUCAGCUUGGCUGAGCUAUGACUCUCAGUGUUUUGGCAGACACUAUGUAAUCGCCUUCCAUUUUGUGAUCUGAUGUGAGCAACCAAUCAGUUGAAAGGGGAGUUUCCGUGGGGGUGGGGCCUGCAUCCAAUAUAUAAAUGGAUGUUCUGGCAAAGCUCACACUCUUUCUUGACUCUGUACUCUUCUGGUCACCUGACCUCAGGUUCUUGGGGUGUAAGUCUCUGGCCUGCCGCCUGCCCUGCAGAUUUUGGGUUCGUCAGCCCCUGCAACCUCAUGAGCCGGCAGAGGUCAUCAGCCUACCACUUGACCCAGGACUUGGGGCUUGCCAGAAGCCACAAUUGUGUGAGCCACUUCCUCACAAUUGCGUGAACCAUUUCCUUCAAGUAAAUUUCUCUUUAUACAUGUUUGUAUAUGUAUCACCGAUUUUACUCCUCUAGAGAACCCAGACUAAGCCAGAUGGUUUCCCUCAUUUUCACUGACCUUCUACUUUACCUCCUGAGAGGAUGACCCUCAUUGAUUGUAUCAACAGGACUUUUCUUUCUCUGGCUCCCAAGUUGGGUUUGGCCAGUGGGAGGAACUGGCAGGAAAUUGGAGGAUGAGAAAUUAUUGAGAGUGGAUAUUUAUCCCCCCAGCUCCUGUCCUCCCAGUUCACCCUUUUGUUAACAAAAAUAUGAUUGAUGUCAGAGAAUGGAGCAACUUGCCUUAAAGGUCAUUCUAUUGCCAAGUGUUGGGUUACAAUUGAAUUCAGCUUCUAAUCUCAGAAAUGAAGCUAUAUCGUGGGACUUCUUCAUAGUGUUAACUUUUAUAAAAAAAAAAAAAAAGCCUGGUUAUUCUUUUUUAACUUUGUUCAACACGGAACACUGGUCCUUCCACAUGCAUCUUCAAUUAACCUGUCCAUUGAUUGUCUUAGUCAAGAAAUCAAAUGGCGCAUUGCAUUGGGUGAAUUGGCUUCAAAAGACCUCUUUAAAGUGUUGAAAAGCAAAGAUAUCACCUUGAAGACUAAGGUGUGCCUGACCCAAGCCAUGGUAUUUUCAAUUGCCUCAUAUGCAUGUGAAAGGUGGAUAAUGAAUAAGGAAGACCAAAGAAGAAUAGAUGCCUUUCAAUUAUGGUGUUGGCAAAGAAUAUUGAAUAUACCAUGGACUGCCAGAAGAUUGCAGAAAUCUGUCUUGGGAAAAGUACAGCCAGAAUGCUCCUUAGAAGCAAGGAUGGUGAGACUACGUCUUACAUACUUUGGACAUGUUGUCAGGAGAGAUCAAUCCCUAGAGAAGGACAUCAUGCUUGGUAAAGUACAGGGUCAGCAAAAAAGUGGAUGACCCUCAACAAAAUGGACUGACACGGUGGCUGCAACAAUGGGCUCAAGCAUAACGACGACUGUUGGCAUAGCACAGGACCGGGCAGCGUUUCGUUCUGUUGUACAUAGGGUCACUGUGAGUCAGAACUGACUCAGUGACACAUGACAACAACAACAACUUUUAUAUGUGUAUUUGCAUCUAUGAAUGAAAAUUUGAAGUAGAAAAUCUAUUGAGCAUUUGAAUUAAAAAAAAUAAUAAAGCAGUUUGGCAGCUGCGCGUUCUUUCGAUAUCAUUGUUCAACAUGUGUAUUCAUUGUGUCUUCCAGGAAGAAGAUGCUGAGAUGAGAUCAGGAGUGGAAAUUUACUGGGAGGUAAUGACUGUGAAAUAUACAAAGGGAAGGGAAACAGGAUUGAGCAGAAAAGAUCCUAUAACCACAACCCAGGUCUGACUCUUCCUCAAGGCUUCAGAAGGGAUCGACACGGCCGAUACCCUGAUUUGGACUUCCAGCCUCUAGAACAGUGAGACAAUACAUCUUGUUCUUAUGUUGUCAGCUGCCAUCGAGUUGGCCUCUGACUCAUGGCCACCCCAUCCAUGAUGAAAGGAAACGAUGCCUGGUCCUGUGCCAUCACCAUGAUAAGUUGCUGAUCAGGCUAUUGUGACCCACAGAGUUUUCGUUGGCUGAUAUUUGGAAGUAAAUCACCAAGCCUUUCUUCCUAGUCUGUCUUAGUCUGGAAGCACUGCUGAAAUCUGUUCAGCAUCCUAGUGGCACAUAAGCCUCCACUGAUAGACGAGUGGCUGCUGUGCUUGAGAUGCCCUGGCCAGGAGUUAGACCCAGGGCUCCCACAAGGAAAGCACGAA